AUGCUGAAGCGCUUGAUCCCCCUCCGCCGCCGCUGUGGCGUCCUCCGUCGCCAUGCCCGCUUCUUCUCCUCUUCCCCCUCUCCGCCCCCUACUCCUUCUACCCCCACGUUCUACGACGACCUGUCGCUCUACCUCAAGCGCGUCGUGGACCGCUCGCACCAGUUGACGCGCUACUCGGAGCACAGCGUCUUCCCACCGUCCAACUGGACGCUCAGCAACUACCUGCUCUACGCGCAGCUGCAACUGCCCUCCAAGACAGAGAUUGAUGCCGUCGAAUUCCUCACCGGCGCCCGCUUCGCCUGCGAUCGCGUGAUCCGCGCCAUGCACUCGCAGGAGCUCGUCGACUAUGCGGCGGACAACGCGCCGAGACCGCAACAAGCCGACGAGAUGGAGAAAAUGUUCGAGCCAACGUGCUACCAGCGGCUGUUCCUGCCGCGCGUGAGGCGACUCGGAGGGGGAGUCUCGAGCCUCCAGUUGACGGAGCUCGACUUCACGGGCGUCUACUUGAGCGGCGUCACGUGCCAGCGCACCACGCGCGCCAACCUCAAGGCGGAGGAGACUCUACGCGCGGUGGUGGGGGAGACCAUCGCCCAGAAGCAGAGGGAGAAGCAGCUCAAGGACGGGGGCAGACCCAACGUCAUGGAGGUGGUCUCCGACCUGAGCGACAUCAAGCACAAGCUGCAGAAGAGCAGAGACAGCAGUGACGACUCGCAGGAUGAGGCCGUCGUGGAGAGACUGCAGCUGGACGCACUGUUCCACACGACGCAGACGGUGGAGGCGGUGCAGGCCAAGACGGCCGAGAGGGUGACGGUCACGACGGACGUCAAGACGACGCUGAGCUUCGAGUCGCUGGUCACGGAGCCGGAAGACGUGGACUGGCGCAUUGUUAAGAUGAACCAAAUGGGGCGAGUCGUGAACCGGACAAAGGGGAAUUAG